AUGUUUAACAAUAUUGGUAGUAAAAAGAUAUUUCUUAUUUCUUGUAUGACUAUAGGUUCAUUAUUUAUUGUUUUAUACUUUACAAAGAAUUCCACAACUUCUCAAUUGAUAUAUACUACACCGAUUAGUUUUACUAAUGAUCAUGUUGGAUGGAUAACUUCAUCAUCGUUGUAUAAAGAAAUGAAUUUAUAUCUUAAAUUAAUUCGUAAUAAAAAUGAGCAAAAUAUUUUUCAAGGAAAACGUUCAUUGAAUUAUAAUUAUAUCAAAUUUAUAAAAAAGAAUACAUGGAAUCAAUAUCCAUUUUCUACUAGGAAAUGUUCGAAUACAUCUAAUCAAGAAUUAAGUACAGGAAUUGAAUAUUGUUUAUUAACAAAUAUUUAUUAUAAUUCAGCAAUUGAUCAAUAUUAUUAUUAUCAAAAUCCAGCGGAUAUUCAAAUAAUAACAAAAACUAUUGAACUUGAUGUUUCAUAUGGUAAAUUAACACUAAAUAUCCUUAAUGAUAUUCUAGAAAUAAAAAAAUUAAUUAUUUCUUCUGUUCUCAUACGACCCAUUUAUGUUGGUGGACCCAUUGAUCCAAAUUAUGCUCAUGGUCUUCUCGAAACAUUCGGUCCUCGUUUUUGGGUAUUAUCUGAACUUCAAUCGAAUGGUUUAUUUAUUAAUUCAAGUCAAUUUCAAAUCUAUUAUACAUCUCAUAUGUUCAAUACUAGUAUACGUAAUUGGCGAUUAUAUGAUCGACAAUCGGAUGGAACUUAUCGAGAUACAGUUAAAUGGUCUGCAACAAUUCAAUCAAUGUUUUCAGAUUAUCCAUUGUUAAUCUAUAAAUCAUUUAAUGAAACAACAGUUAUGUUUAAAUAUUUUAUAACUACUGGUAAUCAAGUAAGUCGAACACCUGCAUGGGACUUUUAUUAUAGUGUAUCGAGAUCAUUUCGUUUUCAUCCAUUUCAUACACGGCAAUAUCGACGAAAUUAUCUUGCUUAUUCAGAAUGGUUAUUAAAAAAUCUUAAUUUACCAUCGAAAUUUCAAUUAACGUCGACUCAAGAACAAUUACAGCAAAAUCACAUGUCCGAACUAAUUCCUAUUUGUGAUCCAAUUUGUAGACCAAAAUGGUCGAAAUCAUCAGAAUAUAACGAAAAAGAAUUUACUGGAGAUUGGAUUGUUGUUAUCAAUCGUGUAGGUAGUGGUCGACGUGAAAUAACUAAUGCAGAUGAAUUAGUUGAUGCUCUAUUAAAAGUAUUUCCUGAUCAUACAAAUCCUUAUUUACGUGUAUGGCCAAAACAAUUUAAUUUCAAAGAUGAUCUAUAUAAAACAGCACAAAUGGCACGAUCAAUUCGUCUUAUGAUCGGUGUUCAUGGUGCAGGUUUAGCCAAUACAAUUUUCAUGAGACCUGGUACUAUUCUUUAUGAAAUUAAUCCGAUAGGUUGUAGAAAAUUAUCAUUUAAUUUUCAUCGAUGGGCAACAAUAUUUAAUUUACAGCAUGCUCUAUGGAGUCCAUCACAAAAAGGUUUCCUUAUUCAAGACGAUGCAUGUCAAAAUCGUCAAGAAGCAACUACAUUAGUAAUAUCAGAAAUAGUUAAAGAAGUAGUAAAUUUAAUUGAAAAUGAACAAGAAUAUAGAAAUGGUUAUAUUAGACGAGCUUUACAUCUUUUAAACGAUACUUCAUUGACUGAUCAUCCACAAAUAGGAUUAGAAAAAAUUUAA